GUUUUUAAUCAUAAUCAGAUAAGUAUGUUCGAUCCAUCCUUUCGAAGAUUCUUUCUACUCUGCUCGCUCGUGACCGCGAUCACAGGAUCGCCACAGUCGUGGAGGUGGGAAGGGCAGCACACCAGAGAUCACAGGCAUGCUUCCUGUCCCUCGUGUCGUCGAGAACGGCCAGACACCCUUGUUUCGUGGGACGAGCCAACUAGAAGAGAAUACCGUGGACUGGAGCCAGAAACCAGUCCUUGGCAGACAGGUCAGCCGUACCGCCUAUCCUCCUAUCCUGCCAAUCCAUACGAGGGAGGCGUUAGAGGCAGAUGGAGCUCACCUUUCGCACGAUCAGCAGCCAGCAAACGCGAGAAUCCCUUCACCAUCGGGACGGAUCUCGAUUUUGACCUGGCUCCUCCGCAAACCGCCUCUAUCCGCGGUAUGAACAGCUACACGGACACCUCGAACUGGUAUCGAGCCUUGCCCGGAUCCUCGGAGCCCAGAUUCUCCAGAAGCCAAGCAGGCAGGCCUAAUUUCUACGUGGACGUGGUCAGAGGCCAAUCCAACAGACUGUAUCCGGACUACGGCUCGUUCAACGACGAACCAAAUUAUCAGAGCUCUUCGAACAACUUCAAAGAGAGACCUUACGAAGGGAGAAUGAUGCACAGGGAUGACAAAUAUUUCGACGACACGUUCAUCCAGAGUAAUCCUAUGAGCGAGAUCCCUGGCCAAUAUAAUAAUAUAAGAGGAUGGAACAGUGGAGUCUCGUAUGGCAGAGAUCAAGUGAAGGGGAGAAGUCAAGGAUUGGAACGGUAUAUCGUUCAAUCUGGAAGGAAUCAGUAUGGAAAUUCUAGGAUGACCCACUCCUCCUCGCCAAGAGUUAAAUACAAUUCGCAUAACCUGCCAACGGAUCUCAAUGCGCUGAGAAUGGUGCACAGUGUUGGAAGAGGUGGUAUGGAGGUUGUUAAUAGUAGCAGAUGGCAGAAGCAGUCAGAGAAGCAGAAAGAACAGGAUGCAAGGAAUUACGAGAUCGAUGAAAAUGACGAUCAAAUGGGAAGAGGGACGGAUGACGAUUAUCAAAAUGAUAAAGAAUUCGAGUCUCGCGAGGUGAUGCAACAAAAAGAGAUUAACAGGGACGGAGAUGUUUCGAGAAGGGGUGGUAAUUCUGGGGACAAAUCUGUGUUCUCGAGGAGCGGGUCCCAGGGUGAAACUUCCUCGCAGACUGGAUUGGAACUGGAGAAGAUCACCGAUUCUGCUCGUGCGUCUGAAGAGACCACAACAGGAUUAUGAUUGUUCUUUGAUGGGUUUAGAACUGACGAUUCUAGAGCGAUCUAGGGAAUUAGAUCGUCGAGAGAUUGGUAGAUGUGUUAAAUGCAUAAGCACUUGCCAUAAACUAUGAAUUCUGAACGAACUUGUCUAAUAAUCUGUGAAUGUUUUAUAAAUUGUUUUAAGAAAUAAAUUUUCCUAGAAAAAA